AUGUCUCCGCCCCCUCAAUUCUUCGGCUACUCCUGGGACGACGGGCAGCCGCUCUCUGCUAGUGCCGACGAGUCCGGCACCGUCCUCUCCGAGCGAAAGCCGCACGUCCUCCUCCGCCCCGUUUACAUUAAUGCCGUGGAAGUUGGAUUCGCGUAUCACCAAGUGGAUCGAGAUCGUCGGCUUCACGUUCGCGGAGUGACGAUUGCGCUGUGGUACUUCAUCUCCAGAGGGCACCAGGCGGUCGCCCUGCUCCCGCACUGCUUCAAGGUCUACGCCGACAAGAGCUCGAACUGGACGGAGUUGAUGCACCUCUUCCGGCUGGAACCCAUCAUCGAAUUCACGCCUGGCUUUGGCCCCGACAAGUACGUGGAGGUGAACCGGAUGUUGGCGACGAGGGCCCGGGAGACGGGCGGCUGCGUGGUGGCCCGCAGCCAGAUGCACGCCAUCCUCGACGAGCUGCCCAACCUCGACAAGACGAUCGAGAAAAAGCUUCUGAUGCCGGCGUUCAACGGGGACGACCUGAUCUUUCCGAUGGACGGGCCGCUGGGCCGGAAUGGACCCACUUUAAACACCACCCUUCGCUGCCCUCCCAGCGACGUCGAGUGGGGCCGCUGCUCGCAUCAUCAGAUGCGCCUCUCCGACCAGCGAAUCUGGGUUCAACGUCUCACCGCCAUCGUCCCGAAUAAGGGUUGGGAAGUUUGGAAUUACAUUUUUUUGCCGUUCCUCAAGAAUCCCUGC